UCCCUUUAACGCUUUCCUCUGCAAUGAAACUGCUCAUCCACCAUCAUCUCUCUCUCCGCGCUUUGAUCUGGGGGCCGCUUGUGCGCAUGCGCGCCUCAUUGGCUCCUCUGCACGGUCUGGAGUAAGUUGGAUGUGCGCUCUCCUCAUCCGCAUCCAGAAGCCACCUGAAAAAACUGUUGCGAUGGGGAGGACCAGGAAAAACCACUUUGGGAUUUUGACUUUUUCCCUCAUGGUGACUUUAGUCUGGACUCAAAACGUGAAGGAUAUCAAAGAUCCGAGCAAUAUGCCUCUGGUGAAAGAAACAGUGGACAGGCUGAUGAAAGGAUACGACAUUCGGUUGAGGCCAGAUUUCGGAGGUGCUCCCGUGAAGGUGGGAAUGAAUAUAGACAUCUCCAGCAUAGACAUGGUGUCUGAAGUCAACAUGGACUACACCUUGACUAUGUACUUCCAACAAGCGUGGCGGGACAAGCGCCUCUCCUACUCUGAGAUCGCCUACAACCUGACUCUGGAUAACCGAGUGGCCGACCAGCUGUGGGUCCCUGACACGUACUUCCUGAAUGACAAGAAGUCCUUCGUUCACGGCGUCACCGUCAAGAACCGCAUGAUCCGGCUCCACCCUGAUGGGACGGUGCUCUACGGACUCCGGAUCACCACAACUGCAGCCUGCAUGAUGGACCUGCGCCGCUACCCUCUAGAUGAGCAAAACUGCACGUUGGAGAUAGAAAGCUAUGGAUACACCACUGAUGACAUCGAGUUUUACUGGAGAGGUGGGGACGGCGCUGUGUCCGGGGUCGACAGAAUAGAGCUUCCACAGUUCUCUAUCGUCGACUACAAGCUCAUCUCCAAGAACGUCGUCUUCUCAACAGGUUCCUACCCCCGCCUGUCCCUCAGCUUCAAACUGAAGAGGAACAUCGGUUACUUCAUCCUGCAGACAUACAUGCCUUCCAUCCUGAUUACCAUCCUCUCCUGGGUCUCCUUCUGGAUCAACUAUGAUGCAUCAGCUGCCAGAGUUGCCCUGGGGAUCACCACGGUGCUGACCAUGACCACCAUCAACACCCACCUGCGAGAGACGCUGCCGAAGAUCCCCUACGUGAAGGCCAUCGACAUGUACCUGAUGGGCUGCUUCGUGUUCGUCUUCCUGGCCCUGCUGGAGUACGCUUUCGUCAACUACAUCUUCUUCGGCCAGGGCCCCCAGCGACAGAAGAAGGCGGCUGAGAAAGCAGCCACGGCCAACAACGAGAAGCUGAGACCCGACCCAAACAAGUGGCUGGUGGGAAAUGUAGUUCAAAGAGAUGAUGCUCUGUAUGCCAGAAUGAAACAGAGGGAAAUUGACGCAUAUGACUCGAUGUGGGAUCCCAUCUUUGUGGACGAUGCCGCAUUAGGACUAGGCGAUCAAAGAAAUAAGAUGACCCCCGACGACAACAUCCUCUUCAGCACCAUGGAGAUGAAGAACGAGAUGGGCGGCGCCGGGGAUCUGUCCCGGGGUCUGGGAGCGCCGGGGGAUCCCCGCAACACCAUGCUGGCCUACGACAGCACGACGUUGCAGUACCGCAGGGCAGCCAUGGCCCGGCAGAACUACGGCCACAGCGCCUUGGAGCGCCACGCCCAGAAGAAGUCACGCCUACGAAGACGGGCCUCCCAGCUCAAGGUGAACAUCCCAGACCUGUCCGACGUGAACUCUAUCGACAAGUGGUCCAGGAUGAUCUUCCCCACUGUCUUCUCCUUCUUCAAUGUGGUCUACUGGCUCUACUACGUCCAUUAAACCCGGUGGAGUCUGGAGGCCGGCUGGUGGUCAGAUGUGAAGAAGAACGAGAAAGGAGGUUGAGGAGGACGAUGCGAGAGAGGAAUUGUGAGGUGAAAACAGUGAGCUGACUUUUUAAAAGCUGGGUUAUUUUAAACAACACAAGGAAAAUACAAAAAACCUUUUAAUGGACCGCAGCAGCACCCACAUCAGUCAGCUGUGACUCUUUCAGGAUUUGGGAAACACCUUCAAACGACGGACGGACGAGCACUCAAAAUAAUGAAAUAAAAUUAAAAAAUUACACGAGUGAGCUUUGAAGAGACAGUAACGGUGCCUGUUUCAGAAUUUCAAAAUAU